AGCAACGCGUGUGCACUCGCGCGUUUGGAGGAAGUUUGGCCCAAGCCGCGACCCGUAGUGGCUGCCGCGCUCCCGCCAAUUUGAAAGUCUAAGGCGGCUGAGUGUGCUGGUGAGAAUGUGGAAUGAUAUCGAAAUUCUGGUGAACGACGACACAACAAGAGAGCAGCUCUCUGUGGGCUUAGGCCAUGAAUGUGGCAGUGCCUUAUACCAAGUGGACUCACUGCUUCAAAUAACAUCUUCAGAAAAGGUCUCAGUUAAUCCUCAGCUGUAUGCAUGCAGCUCGAGGGAUGGCAGCAUUAUUGUUGUUGACAGAUCGGUGGUACUUCUUGACAGCACAGGACAGGCUCUGCAGCUGCACAUUCAGUUUAAUACUAAUGUGGAUGUGGUUGGUAUGUGUCAAGAAAAACAAUUCCUUGUGGUUGGUGAGAGAAGUGGCAAUAUCCAUCUUAUUCAUAUUCCAUCAAAAAAAACCUUGCUGACUAAGAUUUUGGUUGAAACAUCUUCAAGUGAAAAGACCUACUUAAAUCUCUCUAUCAAAAAAGAUGCAGCAGUUGCAGGUGUUUAUCAUAUGUUCAUUCUCACGAGCAAGGGUUUCUUUUGCAUUAUGCAUCUCCCACUUGCUAAAACACAAGAAGCAAUUGACAAGAUGGAUAUGACUGCAGCAACGAAGUUACAAGGACAGAUAAAGACAGCUUUCAUUUCCACAGAGGAAUAUCACAGCCUUGGCUGUCAGAAUUCUGUGAUAAGUAAUUUGGCAAAUAAAAUCCACAUGAUAAUUGGGGGUAAAGGAGGUUUUGUACUCUCCAAAUGGGAGGUGGACACUACCAACAACCUGGUGUCUGUUCGAAGCUUUGCCGAUUCAAGUCUGAUCAAAGAUGCAGUGAAACUUCAAGUUCUUGACAAUCUGCUGUUUGUUUUAGAUACAGAGAACAUCUUAAGCAUACGGGAUGUUUAUUCUCUUACUUUAAUUUGGGAUUGGCCUUUAACACAUAUUGAAGAAUUUCUUCUAACCACAGAGUCUGAUUCUUCUUCAGUCAUGCAGCAAGGGCUUGCAGAUGUUAAACUGGUAGCCAUGACAAGACCCACUAAUAAACAGAUGAGAAGUUUAAUGGUUUUUGCACUACCUACUAUGCAACAGCUCUAUUCUUUGGAAGUAUCUGUUGUUUCUUCACUCGUCCUAAGUGGGAUUGGCACAGAUACAAUAUACUUCUUGGAAGGAAUUCAUGAAAAUCAUCAGAUGUCCACUGAAGGCCCAGUUUCUGUUGUUGUGAUGAGAAGUUUAACUGAAGCCUUGCCAGAAAAUAGACUGAGUCGCUUGCUUCACAAACACAAAUUCACUGAGGCAGAGAGUUUUGCUAUACAAUUUGGACUCGAUGUUGAGCUUGUAUACAAAGUAAAAGCAAACACGAUUUUAGAGAAGCUAGCUUCAGCCUCCAUUGGAAGCUAUGGUCAAGAAGUCUUGCUGGAUUAUGUGAAUGAAGCCAAAGAAAAUCUGCUUAAAAUUCAGGAUAGCCAGUUUGUUGUGGAUUACUGCAUAAAUGCUCCAUGGCCACUAUAUGAAACUGCUCAAGAAAUGUUAAACUAUGCUAAAAUCAGGGUCUUGAAGAAAGAUGAUAGAACCAUUGUUUCUGAUGGGGCUCUAGCAUCUCUAACUGAGCAGGUAUUGAGAGCUCAGGCAAGGCUUACAACUUUCUAUGGAGCUUUUGGACUGGAGAAGUUCAGUGGUAUUGCUUGGACAGAAUUCUUGAAUAAUGAAGACAUUUUAAAGAAUAUCCUUUAUCAGCUAGAAGAAGAAAAUUUAUCUUGUGCACAGUACCUCUGGCUUAGGCAUCAGGCAGAUUUUGAAAACACCUUUGAUGAGAAAAUGCUGGAGAGCUUGCUUAAUGCCAUCCAUGUCACUGUUCCUCUAAAGGAUCUGUGUUUGUGGCUGAAAAAUGUUGUGAUUCCCUUCUUAAGGAGAGUUGUGCCAAAGGGACAGAAAAUAUUAGCCAGAUGGCUGGAACAAGGUGCUCGCAACCUUGAAUUAACUGAUAAGGCAAAUUGGCCAGAGAAUGGGCUGGAAAUGGCUGAGAUUUUUUUUACGAGUAAAAAUCAAGAUGAAAUGCCUCUGACAAGUUUUGGCCAGUGGAAUCCUUUGAAAUGCAGUGACUGUGAAGAAGUACUUAGGUUGAAGAAACUAGUAAAUGAUUUACAAGAACUGAUAGAUCUCUACAGAAAAUACAACUGCAGGCUGGCACUCUCUGAUUUUGAGAAGGAGAACACAACUACUAUUGUGUUUCGUAUGUUUGAUAAAAUUUUGGCACCAGAGCUUGUCCCAUCUAUUCUGGAUAAGUUUAUAAAGCCUUACCUCUGUGAACAUAAUCUCCAAAAGGAUGAACUUCUUUUACAGUAUAUAAAGGACUUGCUAGAACGUUGCCGUACACGGUCUGCUUCUGUAUUUGAAACUGCAUGGGAGGCAAAGGCAAUAGCUGUCGUUGGUUGUAUCUCUGAUACAGAUCUGAAAUUUGAUGCAGUUCUGCAGAUAAUGCAUGGUGCUGUGGUACCUUGGAGUGGAGCAGUAGAGCAGCUGGUAAAACAGCAUUUGGAAAUGAAUCACGUCAAAGUAAAGUUAUUGCAGGAAAAUUACCGACUAAUGGAAAUGAAGAAGCUUUUGCGGGACUACGGGAUAAGAGACACUAAUCUCUUAAAGGACAAGCAGAUGAUAAUGAGGCUAGUGAAAUACAUUCUUAAACAAGACACUCCUACUUCUUUGGAGGAUGCUUUGAAAAUGGUAGAAGCAUAUAUGUUACCCACUAUGGAAGUCUACAUUCUGAGGAUGAUAGACCUCAUUGACAAAGAAAGGGGAGAGGAAUCACUCACUUUGCUAAAGUCUCUGACUAUUGCUGAAGCUGAGAAAGUUGCAGAGAGACUGACUGUGUGGGGAACACUGGUGUUAAAGAGGAAAGCAGAUAAUUCUGAAGAGCAAAAAACACAAAUGUUUAUGACAAAAACACUUGUAGAAAUCCUCAAAUUCCUGUACAAAAUUCAAAGAGACAAUCCUCUAAAGAAGGAUGAAUGUGAAGCAAACCUAAAAACAUUUGAAACAAUUGCUACCCUACAAGAAGACUUUAAUAUCUUUCUUUCAGUUGAAGACUUUGGGAAUCCUACACUGAUGUCUACACUUCUUGAAAAGCACAUAAAUGCUUAUGAAACUGACAAAUAUCUGUCAAAGUCUAGAAAAGAACAAACAACAAAUUGUAAAACAAAAGAUGGUAAAUUAAAGAACCGUUCUACAGAGGCAAGGUUGUACAGAAUGGCUUUGCUUCUGCAAAGAUCAGAGCAAGAGCUGGGAACAACGUUGGCCUUGAGAGCAUUAGAUGCUGGAAAAGUUGAAGAUGCUGUAAAAAUAUGCAGGGACUUCUAUAAAAAUCACUGUAAUAAAGAAACAGGGAAGCUACUGUUCUCAACUUGUCAAAAGCUUUGUCAUAUGUUGGGUGGUGAUGUUCCAGCAAUCACUUCUGAAGACAUGAACCUUCCUGCAGUGAUCUAUGAAAUGGCUUGUCAGGCAGCUACAAUAUGUAGUCCAGAUUUGCUACUCGAUUCUCUGGAACUAUGUAAAUAUACUUUAGCUGCCAAGGAAAUUUACAGACAGUGCCAAAUAGAAAACUAUGGCUUUACAGCAAAGACAACAUGUUUUGGUGGAGAUAAAGAUCCUUAUGAAGAAUGGACUUACAAUGAUUUCUUUAAUGAAGAUGGGAUAGUUCUCGAUCCACAGAUUGUUCUUCCAGUCAUAUAUGAAACCAUUUCUUCUCUUCUACCUACUUCUGAGAGCAAACUGUAUCCUUUGGACUCUACCAGCCUGGCAAACUGCACAUUUAUUAAAGGACAGAACCUUCUACUGCCAGCUAGAACUCCCAUCUGUGCAGUGCUACAAAACCUCAUGGAGUGCAGUCAGUGUGAGUUAGCUCUGCGGCUAAUAGUCUGCUCGUUUGGAUCCUGUCUUCAGCACGGUAUCUCAAACAACAUGGAUUUAUCUCUGGGUGAGAAGCUACACGAUGGCAACACACUAGCUGAAAUCAAAGGUUUUCUCAUUGCUAUGAAACAGACAACUGCAUCAAUAAUUAAGACCUCUAUCAUGACCUUGCUACACAAGGUGUUUAACUGUCGUCUCAUAGAUCAGGACCUGGCACUGGGGUACUGUGCUAUUUUGCCCAGGGAAGAUACGUUUAAUAAGCUCUGGGGUGUCAUAAACAACACGUGGCAAAAUUACAGAAAAGUUCUGUCAGUAGCUCUGGUUGGAGCACAGCUAGCUAUCCAAUAUGGUGAAGCAGCAGAAGAAAAAAAAUUCCGAGAGCUGAUAACUGAUGCAGAAUGGGGAAUCCAGCUUGGCAAAUUUGGUAUUUCUUUUGAGACUGUAUUUAGACAACCACCAGUAAGGAAGAAGGACCUCAUAAGAACUCUUGUACAAAAUCCAGAAGUAGGCACAGAUCUCAUAUUGAAUUACUGCAGAACUUUCAUGCUGGACAGCGAUGCUGCAUUGCAGCUUUGCAUUGAAACACUUCUUCUCAAGAACGCUAAUAGGAAUCACGUUGAAGAUGACUCUGCAGAAUGCAGUGAGAAGCAAUCUCAUGACAUGUUACUGGCCAGAGUGCUAGAAAUAAUUCCUCUGCUGAAAAGCACAAAUGACCUGGUCACCAGCCUCAGUGGAAUAUUGUACAAGCUUGAUCCUUAUGACUAUGAAACUAUUGAAAUUGUCUUGAAAGUGAUACAGAACGCUGAUGAAAGGAAUACCAGUAUUCAGCUCAAUCAGGCUUUGAGCCUUCUCAAACAUCUGGAGUCAUAUAAAAGAACUUCCCCACCCGUGGACCUGGAACACCAGUAUGUUUCAGAGCACAUGAUUCCUUUAUCUCCAGCUUCUGAAACCAGACUACCCUUUCAUUUGAUAUUCUUCAGAACUGCACAGUGUUUUUGGAACAUUAUAUCUGCAGAGCUCAGUGAGGAAUCUUUUCCAACACUUCUGUUGAUUUCCAAACUAAUGAAGGUCUCACUGGAUACCUUGCACAUGUCUGCAGCUCAGCAUGUCUUUCAAAAAAAGUUGAAACCAAAAAUAUUUGAAAUGAGAAACACGGGGUACACAUCAGUUGUUAACAAGGAAACAACUAAAACUGUGCAGACAAUUCAGUCAUAUCUACUGUCUAUAAUUAAUCCAGAGUGGGCUGUAGCUAUGGCCCAUAAGAUUGCACAAGAAUUUCCUACAGGCCCUGAUCAGAUUCAGGCAUUGAAAUUCUGCCUCCGUCUAGCUGAGAAAUGGCUUAAGAAUACUACUGCUAAGGAUGAAUCACAUGAAAAAGCAGAAGUCUUACAGAAGAAGUUAUAUAUGCAGUAUAAGCGAUCAGCAACAGAAAAUGUUCUAAUAACCUACAAGCUGAACACUGCAGAGUAUUUAAAGUCUAUUGCAAAACCAGCAAACCUGAUUGUUUUACUGUAUGAACACCACAGUAUAGACCAAAGAAUCCAAAAUCCGACAGGUCGAGAUUAUCCAGAUAUCCAUAUGGCAGCUAAGGAGAUAGCUGAAAUUAACAACCUGGAUAUGAACAAAAUUUUGAAUAAACUGCUGAAUAAAUGGCUGUGUCCAAACACACUGCCCUCAGAAAAAACUCAAGAAAUCUUUGGAGAUGCACAGGAAGAUGAAGAACUCCGAAGAGUUAUAUAUCUACUCCAGUCACACCCAAUGGAUUACAGUUCAAGAAUGCUUUUUGCCAUUACAACAUCUGCCACAUCUCCCAUUGGUGUUAAUCAGCUGACAUUUGCUCACAGGAGCAGAGCACUUAAGUGUCUGCUCUACCUGGCAGAUACCAGCACUGUGGAAUCACUCUUCAAGAAACCCAUUAAGAAAGUAAAGUAUUUCCUAAAAUGCUUCAUUUACCUGGCAGAGUUUGAAGUCUUGAACAUUCCAUAUACCUAUGAAUCAUUUCAUAAGAGUCCUAAGGAAGGAAUGAUUAAGGGGCUAUGGAAGAAUCACAGCCAUGAACCCACGGCUGUCAGGCUGGUGACUGAACUUAGCCUAGAAUAUAAAGUAUACGACUUCCAGCUGUGGAAUGGCCUACUACAGAAACUUCUUGGUUUCAAUAUGAUUCAUUAUCUUAGGAAAGUUCUGAUAGCGAUUAAUGGGGUUCACUCAUUAUGGCAGAUUCCCAGCUUCAGUCGAGCUUGGCGAAGUGUGGUUUUGUCACCAUUUCUCACAGCUUCAUGUCCACCAAGUCCUAAACAGAUAGAGGAAUGCUGUGAGUGUUUUGUGAUUCUGCUCAAGUGUCCUGUACUGGCUGACUUGGAUGUCAUUGGAAUAGCUAAACAAUACGCACAGUUGGACCUUCCAGCUUUUGCUUUGGGAUGCCUGAUGCUGAUUCCUCAGUUUGAGAAGCGGGAGCAGCAAAUUCAGGCUUUCUUGUCAACAUGUAAUACUGAAACUGUGCUGCAACAAAUAGAUGAGCAUAUGAAUGCUGGAGAAGUGGUGGCUUUUGCUUCUCAGAUUAGAUCUUUGAUUUUGGACAGUAUCAUAAAUGAGAAGCUAUAUGAAAAGUUCUUAAAAACGAAGUAUUUUCCACUGGUGAAGCAGCAGCUGAUGAGCACUCACCGAAUGAAAGAACUGGUGGAUUAUUUUGCCAACAAGAACUGCAUUGAGGAUGCAGCAGCCCUAAUUCGAGAGUAUCAAGAGAAAAAUGGAAACCCUACUCUGCUAGAUAAAUCCUCCUCUGAUGUUCUGAAGAUGUACCUGAAUGGACCACAGGAGACGUGUGUACUAGAACUGCCAUCUAUGAAGUCUUGAUUUACCCUCAGUCUUUUCUCCCUCUGCUGGCAAGAUGAGUGUUAUGCAUUCACAAUGCACAUCGUGGUCAAGUAAACUCUGAACUAAAACCUCACUGCUUUUACCAAAAGCUGGCCCUAGCUUUCCACAUCUUUUUCUUUUUCCUUUCAUCUGUUCUAGAGUGUUUCCAUAAGCUGUCCCUUGUAAAAAAAGAAGAAGUUUGAUUUAGAACAGGAGUUCCUAUUUGCAUACCAUAGCAACAUUCAUAUUCUGCACUUUAAGAAGGAUUAACUUUAUUUCAUUUAUUUCUGUAUUAUUUCUCUAAUAAUUGAAGUCUGCUGUUAGGAUCACUAAGAUUUCGUUCAUGCAGACAUAACUUGACAUAAUUGUGAUCAAGUUUUAAACUGGAAGCAUUGUGCUUCAUGUAAAAUAUACAGACAAAUUGUGAUUUUAAUUACAGUGAGCACAAAUAAACCAACUUCAAUAUCAAAAUUGACCUUAAAGUCUUUUAUAAGCUUUGAUGUACAGAUAAAUUUGCCAAGAAAAGUUGGUGAUGUUCUUUUUCCUGCUGAAUGCAUGCAGAAUUCAAUGAGCAUGUAUUUCACUGCAGGAAAUAGCAGCCAAAGUGUCUGAGUUACCAAGCUCAAACACUGAGGGUUUUUUGUAAGCAAAGCAGGUUCAUUUCAAAUAGAAGGUGUUUAGCCAAAGUUACCAACACAGAGCUGUAGGUUGUAGCUGAUCCUUUGGGUUUUAUGGACUUGUUUCACAA